AUGUUUAAAUACGUGUUAUUCGCCGCUCUUUUAGCUUUCGCCGCAGCUAAACCUCUAGUAGUGGAAUACCCAGUUACCUCCAUAACCUACUCUGCCCCAGUAGCUGUGGACUACACUGCCCCAUACUACUACCCUGGUUACGCGACUGCAUAUGACUACGCUGCUUAUUCCUACCCUUACAGCUAUGAAUACUUCGUACGU